GUGCUUAUAAUUUCCACUGCCUGGCCUUAACUUAAAGGAUACGCCCUUAGCCAUUUAGCCGACGGCCGUUGCAGUUGAUUUUACAGGAUACAUACUUCGGGUGGAACCCAACUGGGCUCAGCAAUGCUUUAUGCGUUUUCAUACAUUGUUUUCUUACUUAACUGGGCACCAAAAUGACGCACCUAUUCAGACGCAAGGACAAUUUGCUUGCAGAAACAGGACAGCUUUCGAAUUCUUUGCCGAUCACUACCAAUAAACACUGACGUGCUUAGCGGAUGAAAAUUUGGCUUCAGAGUUGCCGGUCUUUUACAGUCUGAGCCAUGCAACUGCAACACGAUGGGCACGACCGUGAGCUGGGCCUCAAGGAGCCGCUUAUUCCUAAGAGCCCUGGAUUCCAAUAUGGUGGACGUACCUUUGGAGCAAGGCGAGGCCCGUUUCAGGGCUCAUCCCUCUUGCGCAUCGUAGCGAUACUCUUCCGGAGCCGACUUGGUCUGCAGCUUCUAACCAUAGCGGCAUGUUUGUCAUGGAUGACGGCUUCCUCUUGGGCCAUCCUUGUUAACAAGCACAUCAUGGUGGGCCUCGCCUUCCCCUACCCCUGCACCAUCGCCUGGCUGGGCCUCGCCACCACCACCGCCGCCUCCCUCGCCGCCCUCCAAGCCCGCACCCACCUGCUGCCGCCCCUCCUCCGCCUCCUCCGCCGCCGCCAACCCCGCAUAGCGCAGUCCCUGCUGCCACCCACUCUCAUCUCCCUGCCAUCCUCCUCCUCCCUAGCCUCCCUAGCCGUCGCCUCCUCCCUCUCAUCCACCUCCUCCGCCUCCUCCUCCACGCUCCCUACUGCCACCCUACUAGCUAGCAGCGGGACCAGCAUCAGCAGCACCAGCAGUAGCAGCACCGGGGGAGGAGGGUCGCCCCUCGGCUCCCCCUCCCCCUCCUCCGCCUCCUUCCUCAUGACCCCCCGCAUCUACCUGACCCGGGUGCUGCCCACGGGCCUGGUGAUGGCGCUCACCUUCCAGCUCGGCAACACCGGCUACCUCUACCUCACCGUGGCCUUCGUGCAGAUGCUCAAGGCCUUCUGCCCGGUGGUGACCAUGCUGCUGCUCUUUUUCGCGCGUCUGGAGGUGCCCAGCGGGCGGCUGGUGGCGGCGGUGGCGCUGAUUGCGGGGGGAGUGGCGCUGGCCAGCUACGGGGAGAUCAACAUGUCGCUGAUCGGCCUGACCGCCAUGCUGGCCAGUGUGGUGGCGGAGGGCGUGCGGCUGGUGCUCACCCAGCACCUGCUGGCGGCGGGGGGCAGCAACUUGCCGCCCCUGGAGGGACUCUUCUACAUCAGCUCCGCAUGUACGGCGGUGCUGACUGUGCAGGCGUCGUACUUGGAGUGGCCGAGACUGCUGCGGGAGCGGCUGCCUGCCUCGUCGUCCUUCGGCCACCCCGUACCGCAUGGGUUGCAUGGAGCAGGAGGUGGAGCAGGAGGUGGUGGGGAUUACUUGAUACCGUUGGCGCAUCCCGGGAGCUUUGCCGCCGCCGCGUGCUGCGGGUUCCUGGUCAACAUGCUGGCGAUCCUGGUGAUCAAACUGGCGUCGUCGCUGACGCUGAAGGUGCUGGGAACGGUGAAAGAUGCGGCGCUGGUGUCCAUUGGUAUUCUGUUCCUGAACGAGCACGUGACACGGUUGCAGUUGGUUGGGUACGGCAUUAGCAUGGUGGGGUUUGUGUCGUACAACGUGAUCAAGUCUAGACAGCAGCAGCAGCAGCUAGGGCACUAUGGAGGGGGGCAUCAGGUAGGGGUUGCGGCCGGAGGAGGAGGGGUUGGUGGUGGGGGAGGAGGAGUAGGGGUGCGUUCGCUGCUGCCGCUGUAUAGGGCUGGAGCAGGGAGUGGCGGAGGCGGGAGCGGCGGCGCGGGUAGCAGCAGUGACAAAGCGCUGUGAGGAAGGACGGGGUGUUGCGGGAGUGAGAAGCGGGAGGAGUUUACAGCCGGGGCUGCCGCACUGCCGUUGUUUCACGUAGGGAGUCAAUGAGGUCAGCCCUGCAUGCGUGCAAGCAUGCCUGCCGACGUGUUGGAUGGGGGCUGAUGAGCCGCCAGGUCCUGGGAACGGUUUCUCCGAGGACACUGACGCGAAGGUUACCGGAGAGGGGGAGGUGUUGGACACUUCGACUUCGACACCGGAGGGGCUGUCUUCGAGCGAGGGCACGAAAAGCCAGACCGAGCUAGCGUACUGCGCAUAUCGAGCGUGCUGCUGUGAAAGGGGAUGGUGCCGAAUGACAAGGAGCGGCACUGCGUACGAGCAUAUUGCAUUCCGGGCGCGAUAAAGCUCAGCCCUGCUUGAGGCUGCUAGACCAGAUCGGUAUUUCGUUGCAUCAUGUGUGUCCUUGCUUUCGGACUCCGGGACUCGACUCUCCGGCUUUUACUGGCUGGUUUACGUAUGUCGGUGGUAUGUUGAGGGCGUCAGGGCGAUGACGUCAGCCUGCUCGGUGCUUGCAGAAGUGGAAGCAAUAAUGGGGUGGAGUCGUCCCUGAGGAGCUGGGCUGGGCUGGGCUGUGUGGAGCAGUGUGAUGGACGGAACACAGGAAGCGCUGUCAUGGAAGGCGGGUGAGGCCCUGCGCAGCUCUGUUUCCCCCCCCCCGAGGGGUGCAAGGGGUACGUGCGGCGGGAGAUACGUAUGCCGGUCCGUCCGAACAUCCAGGCCCAGUGACCUGCGUGAUAGCUGCUUGCUAGCGGUGACUGUAGCCCUCGCUGCUCCUACGC